AACACGAUUAAAGAUAGACUAUCUUUAAUCGUGUUUUGAAGUAAAACUAACAGGACAAUUAAUUCGAAAUUGGCACAUCACGAUUCACGACGUCGGAAAAGUUUCUUGAUUGUUCUUAAAAACCAUUUCAUUUUCAGUUAUCCUUUCAAGUUUAAUGUUACAUUUUAGUGAAACGGUUGAAAUAUGUUGAAAGUUUUAACAUCGUUUCCGAAAAUAAGUGGUCCCGCCAUUAGAGGUUUUCAAUGUAAUUUUCACUCUUGCAGAUUUGUAUCGAUUCCACAACAUAGUCAAACACAACAGUUGAACCGUUGGACUAAGCCAUUAGUACAGUAUCCAUCAUGGUCUUCCUUUACUCGUUUUUGUCAUGUAAAACCAUCAGAGUUGACUCCACGUGAAAAACUGAAAAUUGCUGCCAAAGAAUACGGUUCUGUGUUAAUUGUGUUCCAUGUUGGAAUAUCAUUGAUAUCAUUAGGUUCGGUGUAUUUUUUCAUUUGUAAUGGUGUUGACGUCCAACAAUGGAUUGGGUGGAUGGGCCUGUCAAAUGCAAACGAAAACACUAAAAUUGUGGCUGGAGCGAGUCAGUUUAUCGUUGCAUAUGCCAUUCAUAAAUCUUUUGCUCCAGUACGCAUUUCAAUAACACUUAUAUCCGUACCAUUAAUUGUACGAUACCUUAGGACUAAAGGAAUAAUGAAAAUAAAAAAAUAAAUACUAAAUACCUAUUACUAAUUAUGUGAACAUAUGAGAUUGUAUAAAUAAUAAUUGUAAUACUAUGGGUUUUAAACUAUAUUACUUAGAAAGGAUAAGAUAUUUUAUAAAUAUUAUUAUUGUAUAUUUUACAACACUGGUAUAAAUUGUUUCAAUUGUGAAUAUUAAAAAAAAAAUGUUAUUAUAUUGUGUAAAAAAUAAAAAUCAUAAUUUAAAAUGCAGUAAUCUAUGGUUUUAAAUUAUCCGCAGUUAAGUCAAAAAUACCCUUUAUUUAAUAAUCUAUACAUUGUAUCGCUAUUAUACAAACUAUUGUUGUAUAUUGGUCUGGUUAUCCGCUCAACUUUGCUGGAACCUAACCUCCACGGUUAUCGAGGGAUUACUAUACACAUAUUUUAACUAUUACUCGAUCUUAAUAACAUAGAAUGUCAAGAUGCUUAUAUGUAAACCGAGUGAGGUAAAACAAAAUUAUUAAUUGUAAAUAUACAAAUUGAAAUAUACUUAUACAUUUUGAUUUAAUGUAUCACUAAAAAUUUAA